AUGAGAUAUGCCAAAGCUAAUCAUGAAAAUACCCCAGAUUAUGACGCGAAGAAGCCUAAAUCGUGGAUAGUUUAUCAAGACUGCAACAACUUGUACGGGUGGGCAAUGUCACAGUACAUGCCGUACGGUGACUUUAAAUGGGUUGAACCUAAAUUAAACGGACUGAAUGUUUUAACACCUACUUCAGAUGUAGGUAGAGUGUAUGAGGUAGACAUAUCAUACCCAUAACAUUUACAUAACAAACACAACGACCUACCAUUUUUACCCGAGAAUAAAAUUCCUCCUGGCUCAAGAGUAAAAAAACUUAUGGCGUCACUUCAUUCGAAAAAAAAUUAUAUCAUCCAUUACUGUAACCUACAGCAAGCUAUAGCUAAUGGAUUAAUCGUAGAAAAAGUGCACAGAGUUUUAGAGUUCAGACAAUCGGAUUGGCUUGCGAAAUAUAUACACUUAAACACCGAAAUGAGGAAAAAAGCUGUAAAUGAGUUUGAGAAAGAUUUCUUCAAACUUUUAAACAAUGCAGUUUUUGGGAAAACCAUGGAAUCGAUGAGGAAACGUAUUAAGAUAGAACUAGUUUCAUGUCCAAAAAGAUUGCAAAAACUUCUGAAUAAACAAACAUUUAAACAUUGCACUACAUACAGCGAAAAUCUAGCUGCCGUUUCGCUGGAAAAUAAAAUUAUCGAGUUCUGCAAACCGAUAUAUAUAGGUUUCGCAGUACUAGACAUAAGUAAGACGCUGAUGUACGAUUAUCACUAUAACGUAAUGCAGAAACAUUAUGGCAAAAAAAUCGAGCUCAUGUAUACAGAUACAGAUUCUUUAGUAUAUUAUAUCCAGACCGAUGACUUUUACAAUGACCUGGUGAAUAAUUCUAACUUGAUCGACCGAAUGGACACAGCAAAUCUACCCCCGGACCAUCCGUGUUACAUUGCUGAGAGAAAAAAGAUUCCCGGACUAUUUUCUGAUGAAACCGAUGGACGUAUUAUGAGAGAGUUUAUAGCACACCGAGCAAAAUCAUAUGCUUACAUUUUAGAAGACAAGGAGAAAAUUAAGGCAAAAGGCGUCCGUGGGCACGUAGUCAAAAAUCAUAUGACUUUCAAAGAUCAUAUAAAUUGUCUUUUCGCCGAUGAUAAUAAGGACAAGUCUUACCUGUGUAGGGAAAAUAUCUCUAUCAAAUCAUUCAACCAUCAGAUUAAAACCAUCAAAUCCAACAAAUUAUGUUUCAACCGACAAGAUGAUAAACGGAUAGCACGAUCCGAUAGAAUACAUACCUACGCCCACGGACAUUUUAAAAUUAACUGUUAA